AUGCGACCUGCCGAGCUAAUUUGCUGCAACAUGUUGUGUCAAUCCAUCAGACCCAAUGUUCACUUUGAAUCUACUUUCUCUUUCUGCUCUUCUUCAGUGGGGAAUUGCAAAACUGCGUGGUUUGACCGUGAUAACCCAUCAGGAAAUGGAGAUUAUGAAAUCUUCCCCAAUCUGCGAACUGAGAAUCCCGGUCAGAUCUGCAUGGAUCCGAUCGCCUGUGAGGUGGAGACAACAUCAGGGAUUCCGGCCUCACAGACUGGAGAGAACAUUGCCAGUUGCAACGUUUCUACUGGAUUCUUUUGUGUGAACACCAACCAACGUGAUCGCGCAUGUCAAGAUUACAGAAUACGAUUCACCUGCCCUGAUUCCUUUUGUGGUGUUACCGAACCUCCUGUAGGGAAUUGCAAAACUGCGUGGUUUGACCGUGAUAACCCAUCAGGAAAUGGAGAUUAUGAAACGAUCCCCGAUCUGCGAACUGAGAAUCCCGGUCAGAUCUGCAUGGAUCCAAUCGCCUGUGAGGUGGAGACAACGUCAGGGAUUCCGGCCUCACAGACUGGAGAGAACAUUGCCAGUUGCAACGUUUCUACUGGAUUCUUUUGUGUGAACAGCAACCAACGUGAUGGCUCAUGUCAAGAUUACAGAAUACGAUUCACCUGCCCUGAUUUCUUUUGUGGUGUAACCGAACCUCCUGUAGGGAAUUGCACAACUCCAUGGUUUGACCGUGAUAACCCAUCAGGAUUUGGAGAUUAUGAAACGUUCCCCCAUCUGCGAAAUGAGAAUCCCGGUCAGAUCUGCACGGAACCAAUCGCCUGUGAGGUAGAGACAACGUCAGGGAUUCCGGCCUCACAGACUGGAGAGAACAUUGCCAGUUGCAACGUUUCUACUGGAUUCUUUUGUAUGAACAGCAACCAACGUGAUGGCUCAUGUCAAGAUUACAGAAUACGAUUCACCUGCCCUGAUUCCUUUUGUGGUGUUACCGAACCUCCUGGUGAGUAUAUCGCUCCCAUGAUAAAGAGGGCAAUGUUAACAGUAAUAUGAAAGCUCUUAUGAACUUCAUCCAGUGUGUUUAAAUGUUCUCUACAUAUAAACAAGUUAAAAAACUGCCACAACAGAUUAUAGGCGCUUCAGUGCGACUGAACCUCAAGAGUUGCUUGUAGUUAUCAUAUUGUUAAGGAAACAAAUUGUGUCCAUGCCAUGGAGGGAAUGCAAAACAGAUUGACGGGAUAGGUAACAGAAAUUGUGAUUUAGCCACAUGAGAAGAAAUUGCAAGUAUUAGUAAUACAAAGUACAGUAGA